UCCCGAUCAAAACCAACUUUUGAAAGAGAAAUUAUUGGGGCCUUGAAAAUUCGUCCAUAUCCAAAAAGCGAGAUAUGUUCAAUAAUAAUCGUUUUCCAAUACCAACACCAUUACCAAACUACGACUAUGAUGGUGACUAUGAACGAAACAGUCCACCACCACCAAAUUAUUAUCAUCAGCGUCAGCGUUAUACUCGUCGCCAUGAACGCCUUUCAAAUCAGCAGCAGCGUCACCACCAACACCACAACUAUUUUGAUCGAAUGGAUAAUAAUCACAACCAAAAUCACUCGAAACAAACUCAAUUGACAAUCGGGGACCCGAAUACAGCUCGCUCAGAAUACGAAUACGAUGGUGGCCAUUGGUAUGGCAACAACUAUCCACCACAACAACGCCCACCAAUAAUGCUACAGCAGCUGCCACCAUCAUCAGUUUUGAUGGGGGAUCCUGAUGGGUUGUUGGGUGGUGGUGUCAGAGGAGGACAAGGAGACAUUGGCAAAACGGUGGCGAUUACAAAACCAUCGAUUAAAGGCAGUAAACGGAAUUAUCGGACCAAAGCAAAAGCUUUCAUAAUUGAGUUCCUGCAGGAGGCUUCGCUGCACGGAUUUAUCUAUCUAUCCAAAGUGGGACUUCAUUUUGUUGAAAGAAUUUUAUGGCUAGUAUUCAUCUGCAUUGCGUUUUUCGGUGUCAUAUCGCUUAGCCACAGGACAUGGGAACGCUUUCAGACAUCACCAAUAGUUAUGUCAAUGGAUCGCAAUAAGCUUGUAUGGAAUACAAGUUUUCCCAGCUUAACUGUAUGCCCACAUAAGAGGCUCGAUGAUAAUAAGAUUGAUGAAUAUUUAGAAAAUAAUAAGGAAAACUUUCCGAACGCCGAAGACAAAGAGGAUUUCCGUGUUUUUAUCGAUAAACUCGCCAGUCUUUCGUAUGAUAAUAUUGAAAGUUUGCCGAUGAAUAAAACUUUUGGCAUUUCCAGCGAUAAAUAUCUGGACACCCUGUUCAAGCUGAAGUGGAACUUUGAGCCGGAGCUAAGCAGUGGAACAACUGUCAAGAUGAACAUAUACCAGACGAUAACAGAGUUGGGUAUUUGCCAUUCGGUGAAUACCCUUGUUGCCCGGUAUAAUUCUUAUGAAUACUGGACGAGCAAUGAUUGGGGAUUACUGGACCAUGACGAAAGAGUAACAGUGCAUCCAUUGGAUGGGGAAAUCUAUGCACAGAUUAUAAACUUAUCAACAGCAUACGAUGUGUAUUUUCAUAGUGCCGGGGACAUUCCGAAUAUCUCGAAACAGAAGUACACAUUUCCCGAGAGUGAUUAUACAACUGUGGAACUGAUUGCUUUGGAAACAUUCACAACGCCUCGAGCCAAGGAAUUAAAGGUAAAUCAAAGAAAAUGUCGAUUUUCAAAUGAAGCUGAUGAAAUGAUGACCGUACCGAUUUACAGCUAUGGAUUGUGUUUAACUGAGUGCAGGAUGAAAUUGGCUUGGAGAGCAUGCAAAUGUGUUCCACAUUUCUAUCGAAGAAGAGUCAAGGGCGGAAGGAUUUUUCCUGUUUGUGAUUUCAUGGGGCUUUCAUGUUUGGCUCGAAUAAAAAAAGAGAUAAUCUCUCUAAAAUCUGACAUUUUAAAUAUCGACUGCAAGUGCUUCGCGAAUUGUGAUGAUUCUAAUUUUUUUGUCCAAUCAAAUCGAUCUAGAGUUUGGUUCCUUGGCGCAAAUCUACAAUGGGGAAUCAUUGAUUAUCCGAAAAUGCAAUUGCGACGGGAUGUGCUGUUUUCAUUUGCCGAUGUCCUUGUUUACAUCGGCGGAUUGGCAGGAUUCUUUUUGGGAUGCAGUCUUUUAACACUCACCGAAAUUAUAUAUUUUUUUACUGCACGAUUUUUUAGGAGGCUUUUUUUGUAAAAACAAACAACAAAAAAAAAUUAAUUGAAUUUUUAUGCAUCGUCAGUCAGAAAAUUUAUGCGCACAUUAUACAAACAAUAUUAAAA